UGGGACUCGAGCUUCUGAUAUCCAUCUGGGUGGGCCCUGUCCUGCCAGGCAGAGGGACCGGCUGUGCCAGAAGCACGCAAACAAAUAUCAGGGCGCAAGACUGUGGGUGGGGAUAAGGAGCCGAGCCGCCAGCAGGGAGCGAGGGCAGAGGCCGGGAGCCUCCCAAGAGCAUCUCAGAGACAGCUGGGCCUUUCCUCAGGCCCACCCUGCUCCCAGCCCUUGGCCCAGCAGCCCAGCAGCCUGGCCCUGCCCGGCCCACCCUCACCUCCUCCAGGCCCAACCUCACCUCCUCUAGGUCGGCUGCUGCUUUGGUCAGCGCCGCUGGGUGCCUUCCUUCCUCCCUCCCAUCAUGGCCGUGUACCGCGUGUAUGUGACCACUGGGCCCUACCUGAUGGCUGGCACCCUGGACAACAUCUCCAUCACACUGGUGGGCACAUGUGGAGAGAGCCCCAAGCAGCUGCUGGAUCAUAUGGGCAGAGACUUUGCCCCUGGAACGGUGCAGAAGUACAAGGUGCGCUGCUCAGAGGAGCUGGGUGAGCUCCUGCUGUUGCGUCUACACAAGGAACGCUAUGCUUUCUUCCCCAAAGACUCCUGGUACUGCAGCCGCAUCUGUGUCACUGCCCCCGACAGCACCGUUUCCCACUUCCCCUGCUAUCAGUGGAUCGAGGGCUACUGCACCACAGAGCUUCGACCAGGAACAGCAAAAACUAUUUGUCAGGACACCCUUCCCCUCCUUUUGGAUCACAGGAAACGCGAACUCCAGGCCCGACAGGAAUGCUACCGCUGGAAAAUCUAUUCCCCUGGCUUCCCCCGCAUGGUGGACGUCAGCAACUUUGAGGAGAUGGAGUCAGACAAGAAAUAUGCAUUGACCAGGAUGACACCUUGUGCACAGCAGGGUGAGAGCAGUGGGAAUCAGUACCUGCCUGGCUUCCCCAUGAAAGUUGACAUCCCAUCUCUGCUGCACAUGGAGCCCAAUAUCCGUUACUCGGCCACCAAGACGACCUCGCUGCUCUUCAAUGCCAUCCCUGCGUCCUUGGGCAUGAAACUUCGAGGGCUGCUGGACCGCAGAGGUUCCUGGAAGAAGCUGGAUGACAUCCGGAAUAUCUUCUGGUGCCAUAAGACCUUCACUUCAGAGUACGUCACAGAGCACUGGUGUGAGGACCAAUUCUUCGGGUACCAGUACCUGAAUGGCGUCAAUCCUGUCAUGCUCCAUUGCCUCUGUAGUUUGCCCAGCAAGCUGCCCAUCACCAGUGACAUGGUGGCCCCCUUGCUGGGACCAGACACGUGUCUGCAGACAGAGCUAGAGAGGGGGAACAUCUUCCUUGCGGACUACUGGAUCCUGGCCGAAGCCCCUGUCCACUGCCUAAACGGCCGCCAGCAGUAUGUGGCCGCACCGCUCUGCCUGUUGUGGCUCAACCCCCAGGGGGCGCUGAUGCCCUUGGCCAUCCAGCUCAGCCAGACCCCCGGGCCGGAGAGCCCCAUCUUCCUGCCCACUGACUGCUAUUGGGACUGGCUGCUGGCCAAGACGUGGGUGCGCAACGCUGAGUUCCUAGUGCAUGAGAACAACACGCACUUUUUGUGCACGCAUUUGCUGUGCGAGGCCUUUGCGAUGGCCACGCUGCGUCAGCUGCCCCUCUGCCAUCCUAUCUACAAGCUGCUGCUCCCCCACACUCGCUACACGUUGCAAGUGAACACCAUCGCACGGGCCACACUGCUCAACCCCGAGGGCCUCGUGGACAAGGUAACGUCCAUCGGGAGGCAAGGCCUCCUCUACCUCAUGAGCACCGGCCUGGCCCACUUCACCUACACCAAUUUCUGCCUUCCGGACAGCCUGCAGGCCCGCGGUGUCCUGGCCAUCCCCAACUACCACUACCGAGACGACGGCCUCAAGAUCUGGGCGGCCAUCCAGAGCUUUGUCUUGGAAAUUGUGGGCUACUAUUAUCCCAGUGAUGCAUCUGUGCAGCAGGACUCGGAGCUGCAGGCCUGGGUCGGUGAGAUUUUUGCUCAGGCGUUCCUGGGCCGGGAAAGCUCAGGCUUCCCUAGCCGGCUGUGCACCCCAGGAGAGCUGGUGAAGUUCCUCACUGCAAUCAUCUUCAACUGCUCUGCCCAGCACGCUGCUGUCAACAGUGGGCAGCACGACUUUGGGGCCUGGAUGCCCAAUGCUCCAUCAUCCAUGAGGAAGCCCCCACCCCAGACCAAGGGGACCACCACCCCGAAGAGUUACCUAGACACCCUCCCAGAAGUGAACGUCACCUGUAACAACCUUCUCCUUUUCUGGUUGGUCAGCCAAGAGCCCAAGGACCAGAGGCCCCUGGGCACCUACCCAGAUGUGCACUUCACUGAGGAGGCCCCGCGGCGGAGCAUUGCCGCCUUCCAGAGCUGCCUGGCCCAGAUCUCGAAGGACAUCCGGGAGCGGAACAAGAGCUUGGCACUGCCCUAUGCCUACCUGGACCCUCCCCUCAUAGAGAACAGUGUCUCCAUCUAACCCCUCCUCCUGCCACCCUUGAAGAAACGUCUAAGCAGGAGGAGGGUCAGCUUUUCAGGAUCCUCCAGGCCCUUCCGUCCUCCCUGUUAUCAUCAGACUGAACCUUCUCCUCUGCUCAUGGGGACCUUGUCCUGCCAAGAUGGUUCUAGCAUCAUCUGAAUUGGGCGCUGAGCUGUGAGGGGUCAGCACAGCAGUAUCCAGGGUGAGAAGCCACUGGCUAAAGUCAAACGC